UUAGCUAAUUCAGAUUAGUUUUCCCCGUGUGGCCGCUGCCGCCUCCUCCCCUCAUCUCCACCCUCCAGAGCCGGAUGCUGUCCCCUACCCCUGGGAGAUGCACAGGGGGCUGGCAAUGGCAGGCUGGGGGGCAGUGACCCACUCUUCCAGCUGAUCCCUGGUAACACCUCCGUCAGGCAAUGGCUGCUCCCCUGUGUGAGAGAACCCACGGCUCCCUGCCCCAGACACAGCACUCCCUCUCCUUGCAGAGCCACCGAGACGGGGCCCAGGAUGGCAGGCCAGCAGGGGCAUGGUGCCACUUUCUGCCCAGAGGGCUCUGCCAAGGCCCAGUGCUUCAGUCCUGGCAGUGCCGUGAGCCUGGGUCCCUGCAGCCCGGAGUGUGGCCUGUUCUCUUCGCCCGUGCCCGAAGCCCGCUGGCUGAGCUGCCCAGCGCCGCAGGCCGAGUCCCCGACCCACGAGAACCUCACGCUCGAGGAGCUGCUCACGCCCGUCACGGAGAAGCUCAAGUACCUGCUCAAGAAGGCAGAGGAUUUCCAGACGUACCUGCUCUACAGCAGAGACAGAAUGCAGAAGGAGCAGUUUGCUAAGGCCGUGCCCACCUUCCUGCAGAUGUGCCAGCCCUACUUCGAAUACCUGGAGUCCACUGCCCGCAGCUACAACUCUGGCCUGGGUGCCCUGCAGGCGUCCGUGCGCAAGAGGCUGCUGGAGAUCUCGGAACAGCUGGCGUUGCGGCUGGAGCAGCUGGUGCUGAUGUACGCCUCCUUCAGCUUCGUCUCCCUGGAGGACACCGACCCCUUCAACGUCUCGUGUUUCUUCUGCGGCCGUUUCUGGCUGAGCGAGUGGCGCCAGCUCUCCGUCUUCCGCUUCUGCAUCUCCGCGCCCUACACGGCCGCCCGCCUGCCCCGCAACCUCUACAAGAAGAUGCGCUGGAACCUGGACGUCCUGGAGGAGGGGGCGAGCGCUGGGGGACGGCGCCGGGCGCACCGCACUGAGUAGUGAGCUGCUGGGCAC